UACACAGUAAAAAUAAAAAUGAAAAAACUAACCUCACAUGUUCUUCGCUGCUGACUGUUCUUCAAGUUCUCAACAGAUUAGCUUGUCCAGUUCUUACCAAACCACACAACGCUUCUUGCCCUUUUCGAUAAGCCUUGCAACCACUCACCAAACCUUCCACGGGCCUCCGAACUCAUGGUCCUAUAAAUACCUACACGUACGCUCUCCGUUCAUCUUCAAAGUAGUUACUUCCACUGAGAGCAACAGCAACGUAGUCAUGGCGAGAUCCACCAUCUUCCUCAUUGCGCUCUUCGUGCUCCACCUUUCUUAUGGCUCUCAGGCUCAGCUUGGCUUCGGCCAGCAGUCCAUGGGCCAGCCGUUCAGUAGCAUGCGUCGCCUUGGCUACCGGAGUCAAUGCCAACUCGAGAGGCUCACUGCCCUCGAGCCCAACCGGCGCGUUCCCUCCGAGGCCGGCUUCACUGAGUACUUCGACCAGAACAAUGAGCAGUUACAGUGUGCUGCCGUGACCGCGCACCGGCGGACCAUCAUGCCAAGAGGCCUGCUCCUGCCAUCCUUCUCUAGCGCCCCCAGCCUCGUCUACAUCCUCCAAGGAAAGGGCAUGAUGGGAAUGGUGAUGCCUGGUUGCCCUGAGACGUACCAAUCGUUCCGACAAACGGAGCAACAAAUGGGAGAGGAGGCAAGCCAAAGCCAGAGGUUCAGGGACGAACACCAAAGGAUCCACUAUUUCCGUGAGGGAGAUGUCAUCGCCAUGCCCGCCGGAGUGGCUCAUUGGUGUUAUAAUUACGGCGAAGUCCCCGUCGUAGCAGUCACCGUCACCGACAUCGGCAGCAACGCCAACCAGCUAGAUCGCACACACAGAGAGUUCCUACUGGCCGGAAAAGAACGACAAGCCCAGCAGCCAUUCGAGCCAGAACAGAGAGAACAGCAGAGGAUGGGGAAGAAUCUCCUCAUGGGCUUCGACCGCGAGCUGCUCGCCCAGGCUUUAGGCGUCGACCCGGAGAUGGUCAAGAGGAUGCAGAAUCUCGACGACAACAGGGGAGAAAUCGUUCGAGUGGAGAGGGGCCUGCAGGUGCUGCAUCCAUCCCAAACGAGAGAAGAGCAAACGCAGCAGCAGGAAAGCUUCGAGGAGAGACAAGAAAGUCAACGCUGUGAACGUAAUGGACUAGACGAGACCUUCUGCACCAUGAAAGCUAGGCAAAACAUGGCAGUCACCGCACUGGCAGACUACUACAACCCUCGAGCCGGAACGAUGACCACCAUCAACAGCCAAAAGCUUCCCAUUCUCAGAUUCAUCCAGAUGAGCGCCGAGCGAGGAGUUCUCCGUCGGGAUGCUUUAACUGCGCCUUACUGGAACAUAAACGCACACAGCAUAAAGUACGUCGUGCGCGGAAGCUGUCGGAUGCAGGUGGUCGGACCUCGUGGUAGAACCGUCUUCGACGGCGAGCUUCGGCAGGGCCAGUUGAUUGUGAUUCCACAGCAUUACAUGGCAAUGAAGAAGGCGCAGAGUGAGAGCUUCGAGUGGGUGGCCUUCAAGACGAACGACAACGCCAUGGUCAGCCAUGUCGUGGGGAAGACAUCGGCUCUGCGCGGCAUGCCUGUGGAGGUGCUGAUGAACUCCUACCGCGUCUCUAGAGAAGAGGCGAUGAGGUUGAAGUUCAAUAGGGGCAAUGAGAUUGGCCUUUUUGCACCAAGAUUCACUAGGGAAGCAGCUGUUGCUUCCCAGUGAGAGUAGAGAGUACUUAAAUAAGGCUUGUGUUUUACAGAUAAAACCUGAGAGCCAUCUUAGCCUUGAGGAAUAAAGCUUGCAGUCAAAGAGAUCCAUCAGUUGUACUACUGUGUGCUGCUAAAUAAAUUGAACCUUGUUCAGCUUCGUUUAACCGAUAAACUUAACAUCAUGAUUUAAAGUAUCAUGCUGAAAUGAUCGAAACGGACCAAACGUCUCAUUCCACUCGGCAAUCAGCACCGGCACAACCCCGGCACCAGACCUACGACAUG